AGUCUAACUGGAACAGGUGAACUUGGUUUCAGUAUCCAUCUCUCUCUCUCUCUCAUGUCAUAUUCUAAACAAAUGAAGGACCAAAUCUGUCUUAAUUUAAUCUCCAAAACCCUAAACUUCAACCCCAUUUUUCAACUACCACCACUCCAAAUCAUCGCUUGCAAACAUGCAAGAUCCAGUUGAGCUCAAUCGAAGCAUACCCUUUCCGAUUCAGGCGAGGCGUAAAAAGGCAUGGCUGAUUGUGCCAGAAAACGGAGACUCGAAUAUCGAGGAUCUCGGAAAACAUCUGAUUAUGCGCCGGACAGGAAUCUCGGCCCACGAUUUGAGGGUUCUUGACCCGGAUCUUUCUUACACUUCUACGAUACUUCGUAGAGAGAGGGCAAUUGUUGUGAGGUUGGAGCAUAUCAAAGCAAUCAUAACGGCGGCUGAAAUUCUUGUUCCCAAUCCGAUCGACCCAACUCUUGAAUCUUUUGUUUGGAAUCUCAAAUGCAGCCUUUUGGGUCUUGAAGGAACUGCUACAAAGGGAAAGCACAAGGCUAUGGAGGAAUCGCCCUCUGAUAUGCUACUAGAGGCGAGAGACAGUAGUCCAAAAACUCCGCUGGAGGUUCCAAAUACGGGCACUUCAAAGCCAUUACCUUUUGAGUUUAGAGCUCUUGAAAUAUGUCUGGAUUCUGUCUGCAAGAACCUUGAAUCCGAGACUUCCACGCUCGAGAAAGAGGCAUAUCCAGCUUUAGAUCAAUUAUCAGCUAAAACCAGUUCACAAAGCCUCCAACGUGUGAGGCUUAUAAAAGGUCGUUUGGUUGCUCUGUCUGGCCGUGUUCAGAAGGUGAGAGAUGAGCUUGAACAUUUACUGGAUGAUGAUGCAGACAUGUCCGAGAUGUACUUGACCAAAAAACUUGCUGGUCUAGAAUCUGAUAGGUUCAUACUAAAUGUUGAGCAGAAGGAUGCCAAUGAAUCUGAAUUACAUGAUAUGAGUGAUGAGGACACAAGUGACGGAAGCAGCAUCGCACCUAUUAGUGGUCAUAAGCCAAAUAUUGAAGAGUUGGAAUUACUAUUGGGAGCAUACUUCAUGCAAAUGGAGGAAAUCUUAAACAAACUACUCAGUCUGCGGGAAUAUGUCCAUGAUACAGAGGACUAUAUCAACAUCAUAUUGGAUGAAAAGCAAAAUCAGCUACUGCAAUUGAGUGUUAUUAUUAACACAGCGACGAUAAUGCUCAAUCUAGGCAUUUUGAUUUUUGGAAUAUUUGGCAUGAAUGUAAGCAUCCCUCUCUUCGACUUUGGAACCUAUGCACAGUGGUAUGCAGCUGCUGCUGGUGUUGUUGGAGGUGGCUCAAUCCUAUUUAUUAUAGCCAUCUUAUGGUUUAAGACAAAAAGAUUGCUAGAUUGAUGAAACUCUGCCCCAGUGGAUGUUAAUUCAAAGCAUGUAGUAUCUGCGUUGAAGUAUUGUGCUCAAGUAAACUCUCUAACCUUGCUGCAAAUAAAAGACGAAUGUAUGUUUG